UUUAAUCCUGGGUCCUUUUUUUUAUCUUGAGAAAUAAUUCUGCUACACAAUCUCUGUUAAAUUGUCUCACGAGAAUAUGAGCAUGCGGUAAUACUCAAUAAUUACAUGUGACGUUGUUUAGUAAAUGUCAAGAACAACAGUUUUUGUAGUAAAUGUAAUUCAGGCAGUUUUUAGACACCCCCAGCUCACAGGACCUCUUCAGUCCACUAUGGCGGCGCCCGGUGGAGUUCUGAACUGUGAAGACAUUUCAAUGUUUCAGGAAGUAUUAAAAGUGAUGCGCAACAUAGAUGACAGAAUUGUCCAUGCCCUCAAUACCACUGUGCCCACUGCAUCCUUUUCAGGCAAAGUGGGUGCCACACAGACCUGCAAAGAACUUUAUGAAUCUCUCAUGGAAGCUCAUCUUUCUAGAGAUAAGGCUAUAAAGUCAUGUAUUACAGAGACCUCUGCUGUCGUUGGGCAGUUACGUGAAAAGAGGGCAAAAGAUAGCGACAACUUGUCAGUUAUCAAGCAACUCAGGAAAGAGCAAACUAAGUUAAAACUCAUGCAGUCUGAGCUAAGUGUUGAAGAAGUGGUCAAUGACCGGAGUCUGAAGAUUUUCAGUGAAAGGUGCCGAGUUCACUACAUCCCUCCUAAGCUCAAGUGAUUAAUACUUCCAUUGUCAACAUAAAACCACAAAGUUGUUCUGAGGAAAACACCUGGAGCUGAGCCUAGACAUUACCACUCACACCACAAACCCUCCUCCAUCAGUAUGCUCUGUGGCUUUGUGUUUCUACAGUGAAGAAACACUACGGUUUUCCAAGUUCUAUAAACCUUUUUGUAUAAAUAGUGUACAAAAGUAUUUUAUAAACCAUGAAAUGUUUUCCAAUUGCUGAAACUUAGUCUGUUAUUUUAUUGCAAUACAGAGAUUGAUGUUCAUUUGACGUGAAGGUGGAGACUUUAAGAUUAUCGAUCUGUUCUCAGACAUUGACGUGGCCACCUGUGUCAAAGUUUAAAGCUGAGGAUUUCCAACCUGGUGUGAUGGGAAAACAUAACUGUUUCUCGAGUUGGCGAUUUCGUAUGAAUUUGUAUGAUGUGAAUUGUAUGAAUGUAUGAUUUUUAGACAAAGUAUGCAUGAAGGCCCACCCCUAAACAUAACCAUCACUAGGGCAUGGGCAGAUCGUGCAAAAAGCAUACAAAUUAUAAAUUCAUACAAAUUAGCCACUAAUACACCUAUACUAAAAAAGGGUAUGAAUUGCCAUGAGAUAAUUUUGGGUUUUCAGUCUUUCAGAUGCAAUGACCCCAAAAUAUAAUGAUCAUUAUGUGAGAGACCAUCCUGUAUACUAUACUAUUGAACGUAUUAGAUCUUAAAAUGUACUUAAAUAUAAAUGUUCUCAAAUAUAUUUUUUUUUACCCUUUAA